AAGUUGCUCUUCUUUUCCCCACACACAAACAAUUUCAAAAAGGUGCGGUUUCGUCUCUCUUUAAUCAUUAUUCUCAAGAUAUUGCUGGAAGCAAUCCAACGCACUCGCGUGACGAUGGAGGCCAUGCCCAAUCUAAUGCUCUUCCUCUUCCUUUCAAUCGUCUCGACUUUCAGCGCUGAAUCUGAUUAUGUUCGUCCUCAGCCCCGCCAAACUCUGCAUUUUCCAUUGAGUCCGAAAUCAUCUUCUCAACCUCGGCAGGUGCAUAUCUCUCUAGCAGGGGACAAGCAUAUGAGGAUCACAUGGAUUACUAAUGAUCAUUCUGCUCCCUCUUUUGUUGAAUAUGGGACACUACCUGGAAACUAUACUUCUGUUUCUCAAGGAGAGAGCACCUCAUACACUUACAUUUUGUACAAGUCAGGAAAGAUACACCACGCAGUAAUUGGGCCUCUAGAGGCCGGCACAGUUUAUUACUACCGAUGUGGUGGGGAAGGUUCUGAGUUCCAGCUGAAAACUCCUCCUUCCCAGUUGCCAAUCACUUUUUCAGUGGCAGGGGAUCUGGGCCAAACUGGAUGGACCAAAUCAACAUUAGACCACAUUAAUCUGUGCAAAUAUGAUGUGCUUCUACUUCCAGGUGACCUAUCCUAUGCCGAUUACUUGCAGCAUCGGUGGGACACGUUCGGUGAGCUCGUGGAGCCUCUUGCGAGUACGAGACCGUGGAUGGUAACUCAAGGGAACCAUGAAAAGGAGAGCAUAAUUCUAUUUAAGUCUCCAUUUGACUCGUAUGAUGCAAGAUGGAAGAUGCCAUUUGAGGAGAGUGGAUCGAGUUCGAAUCUCUAUUAUUCUUUUGAAGUUGCUGGAACUCAUGUGAUUAUGCUUGGAUCGUACACUGAUUAUGAUGAAUCCUCAGAUCAAUAUGCAUGGUUGAAGGCUGAUCUUGCAAAGGUGAACAAAGAAAGAACACCCUGGCUAGUAGUGUUAUUCCAUGUGCCAUGGUACAACAGUAAUAAAGCUCAUCAAGGUGAAGGUGCAAGCAUGAUGGCAGCCAUGGAGCCAUUGUUAUAUGCAGCUGGUGCAGACAUAGUAAUUUGUGGCCAUGUCCAUGCUUAUGAACGCUCGAAACGUGUGUAUGCUGGAAAAUCUGAUCCCUGUGGUGCUGUGCAUAUAACUAUUGGCGAUGGAGGAAACCGAGAAGGUUUAGCUCACAGGUACAUCGCACAGCCUGAAUGGUCGGUGUUUCGAGAAGCUAGUUUCGGGCAUGGGGAGCUGAAGAUAGUGAAUUCAAGUCAUGCAUUUUGGAGUUGGCAUAGAAAUGAUGAUGAUGAACCAGUGAAGUCUGAUGAAGUAUGGAUAACCUCAUUGGCAGCCUCUGGUUGUGCUGCUGAGAAGAACCAUCAACCGUAGAAAUUCACAUGAAGUUCCUCUCGGCUCCAUUGUAAAUAGUUUGUGUGAACAUAUAUAUACAUAUACAACAUAUAUAUCACCCUAUUUACAUAUAAUUUGAUGUAUUUUACCAAAUUACAAAUUUA